AGCACUCAGCAGCCCGUCCAGAGUGGGGCCUGGAGUAGGAGGCUGCGCGAGCCAUGCGCCUGCUGACCCACAACUUGCUGCAGUGCAACAAGAAGGGUGUCACCAAUGGCUUCCCUCUGAUCAUAAGACCGACGAAGAUCAAGUACGAGGAGAGAGCCCGUUCGACAAAGACUUCACCGUCGCCAUGAUACCAAAACUGGAGUAUUCCGCCCUCCUCAAAGCGCUGCAGUGGGUGCAGGAGUGCCCCGGCGUUGCGUCCGGGGACGCGCUGCCCCCGUCGAGCCUCCCGCAGCUGCCCGGCGAGCUGCCCGGCAAGCCCGAGGACGAGGAGGGCUUCCUGAGGCAGCUGCACACCGCGUUGUUCGACCUCCACCUCGUGGAGGGCCACCUCGUCUGCCCCGAGUCCGGUCGCGAGUUCCCCGUCAACGACGGCAUCCCAAACAUGCUCCUCAACGACGACGAGGUAUGAGUGAUCACUUGCUCCCCCUACUUCUGCCCCCUUAUCCCAUCGCUCUCAUCGGAUCCUCCCCCCUCUCGUUCCCUCCCUCCCUCUUCCUCGCGCUCUUUGGACGGCCGCGCCUACUUCCCGUCCUGGUGCGGCGCCAGAGAAGCCCGUGCUGACUAUCGCCGCCCUCACCCAUGUUCGUCCUCCGCCCGAAAAUCGCUCCGCGCGCGCCUCCGCGCGGCGGAUCGCUCCGCGCGCGACCGCCGCUGCAGCUGCUCCGGGAUCGCUGCUCGGCGGCCCCGCGCCACCAUGCUCGCACCGGCCGCCCACCUCGCAAGGGCGAGCUCGAGCCGGCUCGAGCCAAAAUGGCCACGGCAACCAGAAGAACAGUGAGAGGAGGGAGGGGGGAGGACCGGCGUCUCGGAGGCCACCGGGGGCUACCCGGCGGCCUGCCGUGGCUCGCGGCGACCUCGGCGUGGUGGGGGUUUGCUCGCCGCCUCGGUGUUGCCGCUGUGCGCCACCGCGGCCGCGCUGCGUGUCGGGCGC